UGCUGUCACUCCCCAUCGGCCGAGCUGUCAGUUGACAGCCCCACACAUGAACAUCAAUGCUGCUCAAGUGGAGUUGACCACCCGCUGACGUUAUCUCGUCCUUCGCUCAUUUCCCUCCCCCCCUCUCCUCCUCUUCCCUAUCUUCAAAACGAAACAAGAACAUUUUAGGAUAUACCUCUGUCAUCUCUACGGACUGACCACAAACGCAUAGGAGGAGAAGGAGGAGGACUGGGCUGCAUGCUAGUAGCUAGCAGCUGGCUAGUAGCUUUAGUUAGCUUGCAGAGCAGCAGUGGCUCGCGGGCUGCCGGAGUCCUGCCCUGCUUAGAGCCGUUGUUUGAUGACCGAUGGUCGGUUGAGCUUAUGCUAGCUGGGAGUGCAGAGCAAGCAAUAGGUGUUUCGUUUAAUUUAUGUUUUGUCUUGCUAAAUUGUGUCGAGACCUGAUAGUUUAUUUGUUAGUAUAAUAGAAGAACUUUCUGCGUUUAUUAUUACGUUUCUUAGUUUUAGGAAAUUUAUCGUGAGCUAGCUAGCUGCAGGCUAAUCGGUUUUGCUAAUGCCAGCUCAGUGCUAGCUUGACUUGCAGGGGUGCGGAGCGCUCCAGACCAGUCAAGGAAGGAAGAGCGGCGAUGUGGGCUGUGAUAGCCUAUAGAUGAAUUUUUAUUUAGUCCUAUUCGGAGUUCUCAACUUUGGGCUGUAUUUUCAGAUGCGUUUUGUGAGGGGCUAAGACUAGAGACGGAGCGGCUACGACCACUUUGGCUUGCAAACUGAUUAAAUGAGUAGUAUUGAUAUUGCUGAAUCGUGAGCUCUUGGCCGCCGUGCCAGUUUUUAGGAGAAGACACUUCCAGCAUCGUCACGCCGACUGCAAUACCCAGCCAUUGUGCUUCAAACAUGGCUUCAGCCAGCAGCAUCGCCGCAUCUAUUGCGAGUAAAACGAAGACCAAGAAAAAGCACUUUGUUGCUCAGAAAGUGAAGCUCUUCCGUGCCAGCGAUCCCCUGCUCAGCGUGCUUAUGUGGGGAGUAAACCACUCGAUAAACGAGUUAAGCCAUAUUCAGAUUCCCAUUAUGCUCAUGCCAGAUGAUUUCAAGGCUUAUUCCAAGAUUAAAGUGGACAACCAUCUAUUUAACAAGGAGAACAUGCCCAGCCAUUUUAAGUUCAAGGAGUACUGUCCACUGGUGUUUCGUAACCUCCGGGAGCGGUUUGGUAUUGAUGAUCAGGAAUUCUCGAACUCUCUGACACGCAGCGCUCCUUUGAACAGUGACGCUCAGGGCCGCAGCGGCGCCCGUUUUCAUACGUCUUACGACAAACGCUACGUCAUCAAGACUAUUAGCAGCGAAGAUGUGGCAGAAAUGCACAACAUUUUAAAGAAAUACCACCAGUUCAUUGUGGAAUGCCAUGGCAACACACUGUUGCCUCAGUUUCUGGGGAUGUACCGACUCACCGUGGAUGGAGAUGAGACCUACAUGAUUGUUACACGCAAUGUCUUCUCCCACCGCCUGUCUGUUUACAAGAAAUACGAUCUCAAGGGUUCCACUGUAGCAAGAGAGGCCAGCGACAAAGAGAAGCAGCCAACCCAACCAGAGGAUGCGCCCCCUCGGCCCAAAUCUGGUAAUGUUCAGCAAAGGCUGCAAACACUGCGGAUUGCCACGCGCUUUUACUGUGCCAUGAAACACGUAAGAGAUGCUAAGGAGCUGCCCACCUACAAGGACAAUGACUUCAUCAAUGAUGGACAGAAGAUCUACAUUGAUGGGGAGAACAAGAAAAUGUUCCUGGAGAAGCUUAGAAAGGAUGUGGAGUUCCUGGCUCAGCUAAAGCUCAUGGACUACAGUCUGUUGGUGGGGAUUCAUGACGUUGAGCGAGCAGAGCAGGAGGAGGUGGACAGCGAGGAUAACGAGGCGGAGGAUGACGGAGAGAGUGACGGAGGGGGAGUCGGGACACCCCCCGACAGUCCCAGCAACACUCUGGACAGCACCAAGCCUCUGUCGCCGGGAGAGUUUGAUCCCUCCAUCGACGUCUAUGCCAUCAAAAGCAAUGAUGGUGCUCCCAGAAAAGAGGUUUACUUCAUGGCUAUUAUAGACAUCCUUCAGCAUUAUGAUGCCAAGAAGAAAGCUGCUCACGCCGCCAAGACUGUCAAACAUGGGGCCGGAGCAGAGAUCUCCACGGUGAACCCAGAACAGUACUCCAAGAGGUUCUAUGAUUUCAUCGCCACCAUCCUGUCUUAGCCUCCUGAGCAACAUAGAGGCACAGAUGCACAUGGGAAAGGGAGGGCAGGUGGAGAGUGGGGUGGAGGAGAGAUGGAGAGGAGAACCAUAGAGGCAGAGUUGUAAUAAGGUGCUGUGAUGGCUUCGGAUCACUCUCCCUCAUCCAUCCUCCUCAUUCCUCGCUUCUCUCUGUUUCAGUGGGGUGCCGCACUGCAGCUAAACAAAACAUUGUUUGUUUACAUUCUUUGUUUGGUUCUAUUUGUGUUACUUUGGAUGGUAAGGUUCUUCAAAGCUUGUCCAAGUCAUUACAUUUUAUAUACAAGCAGUUGUUGUUGUUUUUGUUGUUGUUUUUUUGCUUUAAAUGUGGGAAUUUGGAAUUUUUCCCUUUUUGUUAUUGUUCCUAACACAAAACGGAGUUCUUCAUUUUUGCUUGUUUUGAAUGUUUCUCAUUGUUGUGAUGUUCAUUGGAAUGUUGGCGAGGCUGUGACGUCUCUACGGAGCGAGCACAGGCCCAACGCAGGCUUUCAAACGGAGAAGGCCUGGAAGGAGUUGAACCUUUCCUGAUGCAAAUCGCUUCUUUGCAGGAAGUAGGAAGCAGUCUUCCAACACGCCAAGAGCCCACACGCAUUCCCCAAAAGAACAUGCAAGCACUCAGCCAAACAAAUCUUCUCCCUGAACACCCUCAAUUCCGCUUUAAUGUGUUCUUUUUUCCUGCUUUUUUUUUUAAUUUGAUUUCCACAGUACUUUGCUGAAUUACAGUGUUUGUUUACACCUCAGUGGUUUCUCUGUGUUGAUAUGCAGUGACUUAUAUUUGGUUAAAGGGAAGGACAUUUGUCCGUAAAAGGAGGGGACCAAUCUGAUUGGCUGUCGUCUCUCCUGUUACUGAAAAUUACCGAUGGAAAAAAAAUCCAGCUUUCUGCUCCUGCAGCAGAGAGUCAGUCAUCAGAGUGUCUUCACAGUGGGUGUCGCAACUUUCCGUCUCCGACUGCACCUUAUGAUUCCAAUCCGAACUGAUGCACUUUUCAUUAUUGUUAGGAGCUAUUUUUCUGUUACAUCCUGCAGAUGUGAGACAGACAAACAGAAGAAACAAACCGUGUCCGGUCUUCCUCCGUGUCCCACCCUUUUUUCUGCUUCUUAAGGGUAGGAAGGCAUUUACGGCGUCGAGGGAAGACAAAGUUGUGCAGAGUUAGAAAAAGCAGCUGGUCUCGUCCUUUAAGAAGCACUCUGUGGGCUGGUAGCGCUUGGAUUUGGGGACCAAUCUUUAGCUUGUCUUUGCAGGGCGCGCAUACGGCAGUUUACCUCCAGCAUUGCACCAACACACACCCACUGUUGACGAGGGGUGUGCGUGUUUCAGUAUUUAGAAGUUGGAAUGGGGAGGGGGGCCUUCAGUAAAGUAGCUAAAGAUUUCUUGUUCAUUAAUUAAUGCCAGUUGUAAGGCUUCUAUUUGUUUGCUAUUUUUUUAAAGUGAGUUGUCUGUGUUAUACUUUGUGUUUUUUUUUUUGUUUUUUGUAUAUUUUGCACAAGAAGAAAGGAACCAAAUGUUACGAAUACGACCCCAGUUACUCAACAUGGUCUUAACAAGGGAAAUGCAAUAUACCUGUGUGAACGUGAGAACGUUGUUUUUGUGUGGAUCACCUUUGGAUAACCAGCUAAAACAAACAAAAACCUGGUCUUUGUUGACUCUUCUAACCUGUGCAAAAACCCUCCAUCACAAUGUUUGUUUGGAUUCAAUUUUACAUUUCUAUUUUUACAUUGAAUUUUAGUCCUAUAAAAAUUGUUAUCCUGUUAAAUAUCAAUAUAAGCGAUCCCUUUGGAAUGAGUGCUGAUGCUGUGGUGAUGAAGAAUGCUGUUUAAAUGUUUGCAAUUUACAUUGAAAAUGUGUUUGUUUUUAAUGCAUGGCACAAAAUUAAGCCCCGCCCUCUCACACGCGUGUUGUCCUGUGUAUCCCUCCACUUUAACCACAUGUAUAGGAUGUUUGGCAGUAAAUAGUCCCUCCCUUGCUUUUGAGAAUUGUUUUGCAUUGUAUACACUGUGCAAGAUGUGUGCCUUUUUACUCCAAAUUAUUUAAUUUUAUAUUUUAACUUUUUUUUUUUUAAACAAAUUUAAAAGGUUAUUCAAGUAAUACUUUGGUGUAUUAUUUUCUGCUCUUAUUUUCCAGUCUCUUUUUUUUGUUUGUUUGUGUUUUGAGCACUUGUGUAUUUGCUGUUGUUUCUCCGUCAGGUCAAUAAAUUGUUUCAAGCAUUGUGUUUCUAAGAUGCAAAGUGAGUCUUUGAAUGUUGUGUUUUGCUUUGGUUUCAUGGUUGUUGUGUGUGCAUCCAUCCUCUGCUGCUUCCUUAAGAACGUGUGUGUGUGUGUGUGUGUUUGUGUUGUGGCUGUGGUCCGUCAGCAUGUUCUCCAUUUACCAUUAAAACACAAGAAGCGGUGAUUUGACUCUUCAUCUGCUUCCAGCCGUUGUGGUUUUUUUUUGCUCUGAUGCUGCUUUGGUGUGAUGUUCUUUCCUGAGUCGACUGUCUUCUCCCUCUGUUGUUGUCAGGGAGGCUUUCAGCAGCUGUGAGGGGUCAGGGGUCAGCUGGUGUUUUACUGUGAAGGACUGUCUGUAGUUCAAACUGUACCUUGGGUUGUGUCCUUAAAAAAAAGGAGGAAUGAGGGAACACUGGUGUCUUCUUUUCUGCCUUUUGCUUUCUUGUUUGGUUUUGAUCCCAAAGACCUCGCUGUGAGCACACAGAGUGAGUUUUUAGGAGUUCAGUUCUGUCCUCAAGCUGGAUCUGGACAUCUUGGGUCAUUUCCUUCUCUUGUGACUUUCGGCAAACUGACUUCUUUCAGUACCCCCCCCCCCCCCCCCCCCCCCCCGAACCAGCUUACCUGCUGCCACUGUGUGUCAAAAGCACGUCGGCAGUCCCAGCGUCCCCACGUUUGUGUUUGUGUUGAAGCUGAAUCUGUUGUAAUAGAUGGAGUAAAGUGUGCAGUAAAUGUCACGGAAACGAUUUGGUUUCUCGUGCUGAAGGGAAUCCGAGACGAAAGACCAGUCGUGAGACGGACUAAAAAAUGGACCAACUUCUGGGAGGAAAGCUCAGAAACGGCAUCCGGCUUGUUUGCCGUCCUCUCCUGCAGAUCUGCUUUGGCGUGGGCCGGCUCACCGCUGGUGUGAGUUGAACUGAUGACCGCUUCCCUUCAGCAGCAGAGGCCAAACUGAUCUGUGUGUGUUUGUUGUUCUUCACAUUUAAUGAUAUUAAGAAAACGCUCCAUCCAUAAGUUCACUCAGACCAAUUAAAGCACUUGUUCUGCUUAAAA